GAAACCAGUCGUGUAAGACGAUUCUGAGCACGGCUCUAUCAAGAGUGAAGAGUAUGAAUGAGAAGCAGAUGAUUGAACUCUGUUUGAAUGCAAUGAAGAAUGCGCAUCCUGAGGAGAAUGAGUUGAAGAAGGACGAAAUAGAGUGCUAUUUGAUGAGAGUGGGGGAAAAGACAAUGAGAAUAAGCGAGUUCUAG